AACAGGGUGUAACCAGCCAACAAGGGGUGUGUGAGUAGCAAAAGUGAAAAUAAAUUUGCAGACGCUGCCGCUUUGGUCUUGUAUCAGAAACAAGUUAUAGUCACACGGAACACAACUCGCCGGAAAUCAUUGCCGGAGUUUUCGUCGUCCGCCGGAAACCGUUAGAAAGUUCAGUUCCAAUUCCUCAAUGAAGUGUUCCGAUGAAGAAAACGAAGGAGUCAAUAAUAAUCACACACCUAAAGAACUUCCUCGUUUAUCAUCUAACGGUGCAAAAUUUGUUGAUGAAGUACUUAACGGUGCAAAUCAACGUUGUUUAGAUAAUUUCCGAAUGGAUAAACAAGUAUUCUACAAUUUAUGUGAUAUUCUAGAGACCAAGGGUUUAUUACGUGACACAAAUAGAAUCAAAAUUGAAGAGCAAUUAGCUAUGUUUAUGUUCAUUAUUGGACAUAAUUUACGGAUUAGGUCUGUUCAAGAAUUGUUUCAUUACUCUGGCGAAACUAUUAGUCGUCAUUUUAACAAUGUUUUGAAUGCAAUUAUGUCGAUUUCGAAGGAUUAUUUUCAGCCUCCUAGCUCCGAUGUUCCGAUGGAAAUCUCUCAAGAUCCUAGGUUUUAUCCAUAUUUUAAAGAUUGUGUGGGAGCAAUUGAUGGUAUAUACGUACCUGUGACAGUUGGUGUAGAUGAGCAAGGACCUUUCCGCAAUAAGAAAGGGUUACUUUCACAAAAGGUUCUGGCAGCAUGCUCAUUUGACCUCAAGUUUUGUUAUGUUUUAGCUGGCUGGGAAGGAUCUGCUACAGAUUUACAAGUUUUUAAUUCAGCAAUCACUAGAAGGAAUAGAUUGCAGGUCCCUGAAGGUAAAUACUACCUGGUAGACAACAAGUAUCCAAAUGUGCCAGGUUUCAUUGCUCCAUAUCCCCAUACUCCCUAUCACUCCAAGGAAUUUCCCAGUGGUUACCACCCACAUCAUGCAUGUGAACUGUUUAAUCAACGGCACUCAUUAUUACGAAAUGUUACCAGUCGAACUUUUGGGGCUUUAAAGGAACGAUUUCCUAUAUUGACGGCUUCUCCUUCAUACCCAUUACAGACACAAGUAAAGUUAGUGGUGGCAGCUUGUGCGUUACACAAUUACAUUCGCGGGGAGAAACCAGAUGACUGGAUUUUUAAGACGUACGAAAAGGAUGCAUCAUUUACAAUGGAAGAAUCAGUACCCCCAUUAGAGGUGGAAGUACAACCAAAGUCGGAUUUUGAGACCCAGUCACAGUGUCUUAGUUUUAAUGCUGAAGAAAUUACAGUUGCUUCACAAUUAAGGGACUCUGUUACAACUGAAAUGUGGAAUGAAUUUAUCCAUAAUUUUCCCCCCGUGUAAAAUUUCUUUAAUUUAAGUUUAUGUUCUCAGGUUAGGUUCUAUAGGAGGCUGUUGAUUUAUAAUCUGAUGGUGUACAUUGGCAUUUUGUUCAUAAAACAGAAGCAUGCUUAUUGAUCACAUUUCAUCAUAUAAACUUAGGCCUUUAACUUUUAUUUGGUAA